AUGAUCUCGGCGUUCUUCAUCUUCAACCAGAAAGGAGAGGUGCUCAUCUCGCGUCUGUUCCGCAACGAUCUUCGACGCAGUAUCGCCGAUAUCUUCCGCAUCCAGGUCGUCUCGAAUCCUGACGUUCGUUCGCCCAUCAUCACGCUCGGCUCCACGAGCUUCUUCCACGUUCGGCACGAGAACCUCUACAUUGUCGCGGUCACCAAGUGCAACGCCAACGCCGCGCUCAUAUUUGAGUUUUGCUACAGAGUAAUCACCAUCGGUCGAUCGUAUUUCGGCGGCAAAUUCGACGAGGAAGCGGUGAAAAACAACUUUGUGCUGAUCUAUGAACUGCUAGAUGAGAUCUUGGACUUUGGCUAUCCGCAAAAUUCAGAAAUCGACACACUCAAGAUGUACAUCACCACCGAAGGCGUCAAGUCGGAGCAGGCGGUGAGGGAGGAUUCGAGCAAGAUCACGAUUCAGGCAACUGGAGCGACGAGUUGGCGCAGAGCGGAUGUAAAGUAUAGGAAGAACGAGGCAUUUGUGGAUGUAGUAGAGACGGUCAAUCUGCUGAUGAGCAACAAGGGGACAAUCUUGCGGGCGGAUGUGGAUGGAGCUAUCCUAAUGAGGGCGUACUUAUCCGGUAUGCCCGAAUGCCGAUUUGGACUGAACGACAAGCUGGUCUUGGAAAAGAAUGACAAGAAUCGCGGUAAGGUGGAUGCGGUUGAAUUGGACGAUUGCCAGUUUCAUCAGUGUGUCAAGCUGGGAAAGUACGAUACGGAUCGCAGCAUCAGCUUCAUUCCACCGGAUGGCGAGUUCGAGCUGAUGCGAUAUCGAUCGACCACCAACGUGAAUUUGCCUUUCAAGGUGCAUGCCAUUGUCGAAGAGGUAUCCAAGAGCAAAGUCGAAUAUACGCUCAACCUCAAAGCGAAUUUCGACAGCAAGCUGAACGCUACCAAUGUGGUGCUACGCAUUCCUACGCCGUUGAACACUUCGACGGUAAAGUGCCAGGUCAGCAUGGGAAAAGCCAAGUACGUGCCCGCCGAGAAUCACAUCGUCUGGAAGAUCGCGCGGAUUCAAGGUGGUGGAGAGGCGAGCUUCGGUGCCGAUGCAGAGCUCAGUAGUACAACCGUCAGGAAGACGUGGAGCAGACCACCGAUCGAGGUGGAUUUCCAGGUACUCAUGUUCACCAGCUCUGGGUUGUUGGUCAGGUACCUGAAGGUGUUUGAGAAGAGCAACUAUCAGAGCGUAAAGUGGGUCAGGUAUCUGACGAGGAGUAAUGGGAGUUACCUCAUUCGGUUUUAG